CAGUUCAAAGGACGAGUUUUUCAUUUUGAAGAUGAGCUGAAGAACGGCAACGCCUCCAUAAAGAUCCACAAUACAAAGAUGGCCGACAGCGGAAGUUACACCUGUACUUUCCCUAAUACAGCAGAACCAGAAUCCCACGUUAAACUUGUUGUAGGUGCAGCUCCAGAACCAUCUGUUGCAACACUUAAUCAAACAAUAGACUGGGCUCUGCUGCAGUGUGUUGUUCGAGGAGCUUCUCCCAAACCUAAAGUAGAGUGGCAGGACGGUUCUGGAAACAUCCUUCCUGCUGAGGAACCACAGGUCUCUGAAAGAGGAGGACGUUACGACAUCAUCCUCCAAACUACUGUGACCAAGACUGACCGCUAUCGCUGUGUCGCCACACAGGAGGAAAUCAACCAUCAGGUUCAUUCUGAUACCUAUGUGCUUAUGAAUGGUCAGUGGUUUUUAUACCUUCAAAUAAUUUUAAUUAUUUAUAAGUUAUUAGUGUUCAAGCAUUUUAAUGUGUUUUCAGACUGAAUCCAAACUGAAUUUGCUCUAAGGGUCAACAUGAACCUUUAAGUAAUGAAACACACAUCUGAGCUCUGUCUCCUGAAGUUGAAGUUCUCCUUCCUUUUGUAGGCAAAUAGA